AUUUUGACUUCAAACUUCAAUGCCACGUAUGUCAAGUGAAAGUUACGCAGGAAAAGCCUCGGUUUUACCUAAAUCAAUCUAUUUGUUGAAUUUUCAUAAUUUAUGAGUGUAUAUUCUAACAGAAUAUUGUUGGUGAAAAAGAUGGAUAUUAGAUCAGUCUUGGUGGAAGCGAGACAUUGCAAGAGUAAUUCAGUGUACGGAACUUCUGGAUCAAUGUUUAACAGACGUUACAUCAUCGCAACUUUUCAUGCAGUAUCAAAUUUUUUCUCAAAUUCAGAAUUUGAAAGAAUAGAUUUCGAUAAUCCUGGAUCGAUACGAUCAAUCGAUGUCUUUCGAAAUAUUUUAUUUUCCGUUAAUGUUAACGAUGAAUUAAAUGGAAUAUCUACCUACACCGCUCAUUUCAAGGGAUGUUUCUUGUCCGAAAUCAUAAAAGAAUCUGCUAGAACGAUUUUUCGAAGUUGGUCCUUCGAUUCUUCAGAUAAUCAACAAUCUGACUGGAUGCCCAUAUUCAUAGUGCUGGAAAUUGAUUGCUCAAUUAAGGGUAAAUUGGACGAAAAUCUAAAAAGAUGGCUCGAUAAAAUGCCCAAAACGAAAUUUUCUAGAGGAGAAAAUCUGUGUUGUAUCAGCUCUGCUUUUGGAAAUAGGGACUUCAUGAAUCAUUUCAGUCAAGGAGUGGUAUCAAAUAUUUUAGGCAUCAAUAAUUGCCUAAUAUUCAGCGAUAUGCCUUUAACUCCUGGUAGCGAAGGAAGUCCAGUUUUCACAGACAUUUCCAGUCUUGUUCCUAUUGGAAUCGUUAUUUCUACUAUAAAUUGGUGGAAAGGUGAAUGGUUGAAUUUUACGGUUAUAGCAGAUUUGAGAUCGUUAUUUUCGGAGAUUUUGGGAUUGAGUUCAUCCGAUAUAGUGAACCAGAAUGUAAUUAAAACGAGAACCAAUCUAAUGAGUAUAGUCGAAUCAAGUUUGUUUCAAAUAUACAACGGCACUAUUUGGGGCACAGCGAUAUUGAUAAGCAAAGAACAGGGUAUUCUGAUAACAAAUGCGCACGUUGUGGAGUCGUCAUUUAAACAACCAAUUAUGAUACACCAGAAGGAAAGGAUUAUUCCUUGCGACGUUAUAUUUAAAAGUCCUGUAAAUUCUUACAUUGAUAUAGCUGUCGUGAAGGCUAAAGAAACGUUAGAAGAUUAUUGUAGUCCCAUUUCUUUCUCCGAAAAAGGGGUCACAAUUGGCGAUUCAGUCUUUGCUGCUGGUUUCCCCAUAUUCUCCAGAGAAGUAAAAUCAGGGGCUACCAUCACGAAGGGACAUGUCUGUCAUGUCCAUCCAUGCAUGAUCAAAACUACCUGUACCAUCCAUCCAGGUGCCAGUGGGGGUGCCAUCAUGGACGGGAGUGGGAAUUUAGUGGCGGUUAUUGUAUGCAAUGCCAAAACUUCAGAACCAAUCAAUAUGACUUACCCAAGACUGAACAUGAGUAUUCCUGCUAAAAUUCUUAAACCAAUAUUAGAAGAAUAUAUCGAGAGUGGGGCGCUUGAAGUUUUGGAUGGAUUUUCUGAGAUAGAUGCUAAAGUAUGGAAUUUUUCAUCAAAACUCUGAGGGAACAAUUACCAUGAGAAUUCCAUAACUAGUGAUUCUUGAGUCGAUAAAAUAAAAAUCGCAGGAAAUUGGACUAUAAUGAGAUUUGAUGAGUAUAACUGGAAUUGAAGUUAUUCGUUAGGUUACUCGAAGUCUCAAAAGGAAAGCCGUAUAUAGGAUACGAUUCCUUUCACACUUUCUGAAUCAAUUUCCACUUAAUUUCCGAAAAUAAAUUAAAGGAGAAUUGAUUGUAUACUCUUUUAUAGGUGAUUUUACCAUGUAAAUACUGUGAAUGGUGUUUGUAUUUUUGAAUAAAUAAAUAUUUCACAUCUUUAA